GACUCUCCGUCUAUUACAGUGCGGGACGCAACUAUAACAGCAUACGGAGAAUACCCCCCGCAAAAUUUCCCGCGAUCGAGCUAAUCACACUGCAGGGGCGCCUGCCUUGUGCCCAACAAGGCUCGUCUAACCAUUCGAUACGAAAGGCCGAGUGUAUCGUUUCCUAACGGUUUUGUAUGGAUAGUCCGCCUGGAUCGCCUUCGGAGCCCGGAUUUGCGCGCGCGCAUCUAGUCCAGCGCACGCAAGCGCGCCGAGCUAUACGUCACGGCAAUGGCGUGCGGUCGGACGGCAUUGGCCCGCGCUCACUACUCAAACAACGCAAACAAGAUAAGCAAAUACUUCAUGACGGCGCCGUCGACGACGAUUUGACGUCCGACGCUAGCUUGGACUUAGCCGGCGAUGCAAGUGUUCCACAAGUAAUUGAUCUCCAGGUUGACGGUGUGCUUGUUCAUGUUCCGUCUUCUCACAGAGUCUUCUUGUUAUCUUCCCUAUUUGCAGAUGCCAUGCUUCUUGGGAAGGCGGAGCGCGAAGGGCUGGUUGAUUUUACAAUAUCCCAAGGCGAGGGUGAUUUAUACUCAGUCGUCCAUAUUUGGGCGCACAAGAUGAUUUUUGGGCACGUAUUUAAAUGGAUCAGAUUGAUCCCUUCAACCAAGACACUAUUGAAAACCGUUAAACACUGGUGUGGUUGUGUCGGUGUCACAGGUGCUGAUAACAAGCAAGAGCCCCAAUUAGAGCUAUUUUGUAAAUCACCACACCUCUGGGGGACAUCACAUGUUGGCCUGUAUACACCUGUACCUCCGCCCAAAGCACGUGCUAUUCUUCAAAGUGGCAGCGCAAAAGCGAGUAGUAGGAUUGUCUACGAGGCUGCCACAAUCUUUGCGGACGAGGAUGACUUUAAGUGCGACAAUCAUGCUUUUCAGAGUUCAUUGAGAGUCGGCACUGACCCACUAGAGCAUUAUAACCGGCGACCUCCUCUAUGCUACUCUGCUGAACACAAUUCACUAAGACAAAAAUGUUCCCACCUUGAAUUCAUUGUUCGACAACCCGGAAUCGCUGAACACCUCGCCACAUCACCUCUCGCCGAGUUGAGCUUGCAAGUCAAACGCAUUGCGCUUCUCGAUCAUCCCCUAUUCAGCUCAGAGGAUCGACUCUAUGCGCAAUUGCGUUUAUUGUAUGGAGAAUAUCAUCGCCAUCUAAAAGCUCAAAAGUGCAACUAUUUCAAGCUCAGACUCCAAACAUUGCUCAGCACAGCCAAAUUGUGCGAGCAAUCGACAGAUCAGUGCCCUGGAAGUUCUGGGGCCAAACUAAACAAGAAAUUAGGCAUGGACUGCAUUUUGACGUUGAGCAUGCUAGCAGCCGAGGAGCAAAGUGCCGUCCAACUCGCUGAGGCCCUUUACACGACAUGGAAUCAACUCAAAGGUUUGCGUCAACACCAGCAGUUUACUUCAACGCCAGCAAAACUAGUCGCCAUUAACGUUCGCGGUGCACAUCAUCCUAACUCAGCAACAAACCCGCUGCCUUCUAAUGUGGAGCUGCUGGACAAGUUUGAAGCCAUGCUAGGUUGGAUAGCAACUCAUGCCUGUUUUGAGAAGAAUAACUCUGUCAGCCACUCAAGGACUAAACUUGAACACAGUUGUAUACUAUCUCUAUUCAAGAAAUAUAAACGCAUCCUAAUUUCAACAUCUGAUUUUGUUUUGAAAUUAUACACAACCGCCGAGCUCACGUAUGAUGACAACAAAAUUCUGCCAAUCCAAGAGGUUAUGCGUCGUCGUCGUGUCCGACAACAGCGCCUCUAUGCAAAAUUGGUCGCCAAUGGACGUCAGGUUAAUGCCAUGCAAGCCCAAGCCAUUGAGUGGCCGGCGUUUAUAAUUCAGCUGGACCAGACCCUUAGACUGAGAGUCUCAAAGCGACCUGUGCGAUUUGAGAUCCAACUUUGGCAACUGCGAGUCAUAGCUGACUUACAACUCGCAUCGAUAUUCGUACCUGUCCCUGGAAUGUCUCCCGAUUUCGACGCCUCGACGACUUAUUCCCUUGCGCCAGUGACCGAGUGGAUUCAAUUUGCAUCAUCGCGUGUCAAAUGGGAUGUGAAUUUUGUGAUUGGUGAUGAUGUUGAAGUGUUCUUAGUCUCCAAUAGAAGCAAUACUACGCGGCUUCUCCAUCGUAUCACUGGCCAGGAGCAAAAUGGAAGUGACGGUGCCUGGGUAGCUGGUGUCAUAGUUGCUGUACGAUGGAACUGUUAUGAUGUUCAUGUACAAAAUCGGCUUCUGCGUGCGAUACCACCAUCCCGUGUUCGACGCAAUGGGGCCAUCUUCGAAGUGCGCCAGCGCCAACUGACCGGAUCAGCAUUAGUCUCUCUCCAAUGGGUAACGAAUGACACACGAUUGGGCGCCCUUGGGUGGGCCGACCCUCAGACAAGUGGUGGAUAUGCCGAAAUGCCAAAUCUCCCCCCAAGGCCAAAGGAAGCGCCCAGUCAUUCGAAUAGUGAUAGGUGCUCGUUGUUAACAGCUGAGGCAUCACACCCCUACUCGCACGUCUCUGAGAAUUCAUAUCGGUAUACUCGCAAAAGUGGCUCCUCGAGCUCCUUUGAUCCCAAUGACCCAAGGAAUGCAUCCUUACUAACUCGAGUCAUUGCUAGUGCCAUGAAUAUUUUGAAUCUAAUGCACGUCUUUCGCAUUGAUGGUGCAAACUUAAGAUUAGGAUUUUCUCCUCCAAAAAGCAAUGUUCAUGCUUCACAUGAAUCAUCCUCUAGGGACAUGUCUGAAGAUCACACAUAUCAAUGCUCUAGUUUUCGACACCGCCUGUUGCGCUUGAGAGCAAAUCAACCCAAGCUUUUUACUGAGCCCAUCCCAGCCUCUGAGGGUGCUUCUUUCGCGGACGCCCGGCUCCAAGGAUGCAUUGCUGCUAAUGACAAGCGUAGUAAACGAGCAGUAAAUGUGGAUGAAACUACCAAGGGUGUUUCAGAGAAUUUUAAUGCAAGAAGUGGCAAAAAAACGGGAAAACACGUGCUUGCCUUUGUACAGAGGGUUCAAGACUGCGUCGCAGAACGAAGUCGCUCUCUGACAAAUAUGCGACUCCCCCUUGACCUAGAAAAUACCACGAGCGAUCAGACUGACUUCAAAAACUUACCGGCAACGAGCCGGCAAAAGGCAAGUAGCGCAUGGUUGGAUUCCGGGAGUUUUGUAUCUGCUACCUUCCAGGAACACCGCCGUCGAACCAUGCUGGCCAUGGGACAUACACCUCGGUGGAAGGAGAUUCUCGAUCUACCAUUUACCCCACCCCUUGGUGACUUUUCCCCAACAAACCUCAUGCAAGUGAGCGACACUUUAAGAUUGGGUCUGUUCUCAGAAACAAUGACAGCUUCGGCAAGAUCGGUCGAGGGCCAUGUUCGAACCAAUCCCCAAAGGAAUGACAAUUCCGACGAGACAGGUGAUAUCACCAUUAGGCGAUCAUUUGUGGGAGAUCUGGAAAUUCCUUUCACAACGCUGUAUUGUAAUGGGGGCGCCGAAGGGCUAUUAGAGGGUGUUUUUCGUUUGAGAAAUCCAGCGAUCCAUCUCAAUGCUAGCAAGUUCCAUGUGGGUCAAGAGACGCGGACUAUUCAACAGGAUUCAGUCAUUUCAUACAUACACCUCGCCAUUUUUCUACGCCCACCGUUAGCGGCACCCGAUAAACUACCCGUGGUGGUGUCCUCACUGGAGGAAGAAGGUCUUAUUCGCUAUGGUGUCAACUGGGUUCAACAACUGCGACUUUUUCUCGAGAACAUAAGUGAUGUUGUAAAGCGACCAGUGGAUAGUCGCAUUCAAAAUCGGUUAAUCGAGGUCUUUGGAAACAACAUGCAAGGAGAUGCUGUGCUCAUCUGCCGCUACCUUACACCUCAACAACCGCCUCCAGGCGUGGACACGUCCUACAGGGCCGCGCGAUUUGUGAGUUUGAUUCCAUUUUUAGACGACUGGCAAUCCUUUGGCUGCGCAAAUCUCGACGUCUGGUGUACUUCACAAGAGUUUCUCGACAUAGGCGCUGGAGACUGGGAAGAGCAUGGAAUUCUUCUACACAAUUUUGUGUGGUGGCUUCAGCUAGAAGCCAAAGUACCUGCUUCCAGCUCGGACAUCUUUCUCGUGAUAGGAUCCGGUAUACCAGAAGGUGAUACAGUCUAUGUCAUGCAACGACAACAACAGUACUCGGCUCUAGAUGGCACGGGGAUUCUCCUUUGGAAUGCAUGCACUGGUCACGUAUUUAAUGCCCUUGAUAGACGGUGCCCGCUUGUAGACAUUGGUUGCGUUGUCACUGGCGAAAAUAUACAUGCCAAUUUACAAGGGAUCAGAGCAUUGCACUUGCUCACUUAUAACUUCAACGAUGGGGAACUCUGGCGUCCGUUUUUUGCAACCAAGCCGCCUAAUCCCAUUGCGUGUGGUGGUUAUGUGUGCGUAUGUAAUCCUGGUCCAGUCCAAAUGUCUCGACCUGUGAAUCUCAUGUCAGUACAGGACCAACGACUGCUUUACGAUGCUCCCGAUAUCCUCUACGCAGAAGCAAUUCAAAGUGAUCUUGCGAAUGAGAUCAAGGUGCGUGGCUUUUUGGGUAUAUUUGCUGAGUCUAGUUCCACAGAGGAGGGUGCCUUACUACCAACACUUGAAAAUUUACAAGAGGCAAAUAGACUUUCACGUCCUGCACUUGAGCAACAUAAGGCAGAUGCUUCAGCCGAGGUGCAGAUGUGGGACCUUGAUGCUAUGGCAUUCAACGUGCCGUAUACUGACACCAACACGAUUACCUCACGCAUAUUGGCCACAAACAUUCACGACAACCGACGCCGAGAUGUUCAAUUUGUCGUUGGAGUUUAUGUGCAUCCAAUUAUCCAUCGUAUCUUUUCUGUCUGGGUUUACUACGGCACUAUCAGCCCCAGGAACCCCUAGCCCCAGUGGGGUCAAGGGGGGAAGUUUAGUAGGCAAUGAGGACAAGUACCCACCACCCACCCGCCCGCGCACUUCCGGGUGCGCCUGGCAGGCCUGCCGCUGGCGGGGGGGGGGGGUGUUUCCGAUCUGCCUCUUAUCUACUUCACCUCAGGCUUCAUCCAACUGCACCUUCAUCCAACCCAGUUUCGAAAACUAACUAGGUCGAAAACC